UGUUUCUGCGCCUCAUCUAUGAAGAGGAGGGGAGUGCGCCCUGAUUGACGUCAGCUUGUUUCGUGCAGACGGACAAUGAGCAGCUGUGUGUACAAAUUUACAGUAUAAAACCGGGCCUGAGAUCCUGCGGCUCCUGCUGUCUAUUUCACGAUGGAAGAGAUGUGAAGCUGAUGUUUCUGCAUGCUGUCAUUUAGCGCAGGGUGGCCAGACUCAUCCUUAGAGAUAAGAUGAGUAGCUCCCUCAUCCAUGGAAGCUGGAAGUAGAGCCGUUGCACCUCCAUAUUGAAAGAAGUCAGCUAAGGUCCUUGUGGAAAAUGGAAGGAAAACAUUUUGGCUACUCCGGAGACUACCUUGACCGCUUCAUCCAAAGCCGAGACUCACCAGUGGUGAACAAGUUCCAGAAGAAGUACUGGAAAACCAAGCAGACGUUGAUCAAAGUCACUGGGAAGAAAGAGGAUGAGCAUGUGGUGGCGUCAGACGCAGACCUGGAUGCCAAGCUGGAGGUCUUCCACUCCAUCCAGAGAACAUGCAUGGAGCUGCUAAAGGUCAUCGAGUUGUACCAGAGGAGGAUCUGUUACCUUUCUCAGGAAGAAAAUGAGCUGGGUCGUUUCCUGCGCUCCCAGGGAUCGCAGGACAAAAGCAGGGCUGGGAAGAUCAUGCAGGCGACAGGGAAGGCUCUCUGCUUCUCCUCCCAGCAGAGACUGGCUCUGAGGAAACCCCUGUGCCGUCUGUACCAGGAGAUCGAAACUUUCCGUUACCGGGCCAUCUCAGACACGUGGCUGACAGUGAAUCGAAUGGAGCAGACCCGGACUGAGUACCGGGGAGCCUUGCUUUGGAUGAAGGACGUAUCUCAGGAGCUCGAUCCGGACACACAUAAACAGAUGGAGAAAUUCCGCAAGGUUCAGACCCAGGUUCGCACGACCAAAACCAGCUUUGACAAGUUAAAGAACGACGUCUGCCAGAAGGUGGACAUGCUGGGAGCCAGCCGCUGCAACCUCCUCUCACACAUUCUGACCAUAUACCAGACGACCCUUUUGCACUUCUGGGGGAAGACAUCCCACACUAUGGCAGCGAUCCACGAGAGCUUUAAGGGCUGUCAGCAUAAUGAGCUUUCCACACUGCAGGUCUCACAGGAUUCCACAGAAAAGCUGGAUAAAAAGAUGGGAAACAAAACAAUGGAAGCAGAAACAGAGGAGAAAAUAAAAGAUGAGACAACUGAUGACCAACUUAUCUCAUUAGGACAUGAAGACAAGAAUGAAAAGAUAAGAGAAGAGUUGGAUGGAGAGGACAGCCUGGCCCUGCUCAAUGAGAUCCUGGGCGGUUUGUUUGUGGAAGAGGGGGAUUUUUCCCAGGAGUGGACAAAGGGGUUUGGAAAAACAGAGGCAAGCGCAGCCUCAGCUGGAUCAGCUGAAACCCAGCAGCAGCAGGAAAACCCGUUCUUUUUGCCGUCACAGUUGUUGGACAACAGCUUAAACAAGUUUUCUCUCUCAGACUGGACCGGCAGAAGCCCACAGCCAGUCACCUGUGGAGCAGAGUGCUCACCUGGAGCUGAGCGGAACCCCCCAAAACCAGCUGUAAAAGAAACGGACGGGCCAUCCAAAGAUCUUUCAGCGUGGUUCAACCUGUUCGCGGACUUGGACCCUCUCUCCAAUCCAGAUGCAAUAGGAGAAUCCAACGGAGAGCAUGAGCUUCACACGGCAUAGUUUUUCCUCAGCAUCGGGAUCCAUUUGAAAACCAGAACAAUUUGAUUGUUCUGUAUUUUCUAACUUCAAAGAAACUAACAAACAAUCAAAUCAGAAGUUACUAUACGAUACCUAAAUCAAUUGCAAACACUAGAAUAUAACAAAACUUAAUGCAACUUAAUCAUAUUUAAAAAUGUUUUUAGGUUCUGAAAAGUUCUCAUUUGCUUGAGGAAUAUUCUUCAUAACAAUUAUGCCUCCAUUUCUGUUGUUACAGCUGUAACAAUAAUAUUCUGUAUUCUGCAAUUAAAAGCUUAAAUUUCUUACAGUAAUUUCAUCCAAAAUGUGACAUUCAUAUUAUAUAGAUUCACUACACACAGAAUGGUGUUUAAAUUUCAAGCAUUUAUUUCUGUUAAUUCUAAUGCUUUUGUCUUACAGCGAAAGAAAACCAAAAACUUAGUUUCUAAUGUUCUAGUCAUUUUAUAGCCUACAGUCAUGUAGAAGGCUGCUCACUCGACACUAAUCUAGCAGACAGUCCCAACCUCAAUGCAGUAAUAUUAAUGGAAAGUUGAGAGGAAGGAAGAAGUGUAAUAGAAGAAAGUGGAAAACAACAGGGAUCACUUCUGUCUUGAGAGGAUUGUGAAGCUAAAUCCAUUCAAGAGUUUGUGUGAGAUUCACAAGUCACUUUAGCAUUUAUUUAGAAACCCAGUCCCAGAGUUAUUGGAAAGAUUGCAGACUGAAGGUUACCUCAACUGGCAAGCUUUAUGGAGAUGCCAAUUUCAUUUUCAAGCAGGAUUUGGCACCUGCCCAAACAGCCACAGGGAGCAGUACCUGCUUCAAUGACCAUGGUAUCACUGUACUUGAUUGGCCUACAAAUUCACAUGACCUGAACCCCAUUGAGAAUCUGUGUUAAGAGGAAGAUGAGAGACAUCAGAGCCAGUAAUGCAGAUGAGCCGAAGGUCACUAUAACCAACCUGGGCUUCUUGAACACCUCAUUAGAGCCACAGGCUGAAUGCCUCCAUGCUACGCUGCAUCAAUGCACUAAUUCAUAGUAAAAGAGCCCAGACUAAGGAGUGAGUGUAUAUACGGUACACUACAUGGACAUUCUGUUCGGUAAGUUAACAUUUCUGCACAAAAUUACUUUAUUGGAACUUUCUGAGCUCUGUCAUAUUUUAUAGCAGUGAAAGUUAAAACGGGUCACAGAAAGUUGGAUGUUACUUUACUAAACAGGCAUUUUGAUUUUUUUUAAAGAUUAUUCCUCAAAGUGGAUCUUUUCCAAUGUUUUUUGAGAUUUUAGGCAGGAUCACCCCAUCUAGGUUUAGACCCUGUGAAACAUUUAUAAAGGGUUUGAUUUAAAAAAACAUAAUUCCCAUAGUUUAAGCUUCACAUGCAAACUUUAUACAUAAAAACAUAGUGUCUCAUAUUGCUUUAAGGUUUACAAUUUUACAUUUAAUCACCCCAGAGACCGACAUACCAAAACAUUCAUUCACACGGUACAAACAUUGAAUCAACACAACUUAACGUUUUUGCACUGACAGUUUUUAUGAGACGUCCAUGUUGCUGAGGCCGUUUGCUUUAUUUGGCUUUUGCUUUAUAGAUGUUCUAUUUGUAAUUACAUACAGCUCACUCAUUACAGCAUGCUGCAUGCAGUCGUUUUAAUUUGUACUGUGGAUGUCGCUGCUUUAUUUUAAUUUCCAUAAUCUUUAAAAAUGUAUAUGUAUUUUUUAGUAACUGCUCCUUUUGGGCAACGUGUGUCUUUUUGGUUUAAUUGUUUGAGCCAAUAAAAGGAAAAGAUUUAAUAAUACAAUACUAUUUACUAACUUUGAUGAUAAUACUGCAUCAAAACAAUAUAUAUCUGGAUGAAUGCCUUAAAAUAUUUACAGAUCACUCUUUUUGAGUCUGAAGUAUACAAUAACCAACCUUUGUGUCAUUUUCUAAACAGUAAAGCUGUUUUAUUUUCCAUCAUGAUCGAGUAUAUAAACAGCCUUAACUUUACCUCUGCCACCACAUACGUGAGAUGUUAAUGAAUGCUAAAAUGUUUGUCUGUGUGUAUAUCAAUACCCUUUAAAAAAAGAUGACAUAUCACUUGAAAAA